CUGGGACGCGCACGGCGUCUCGCUUGAGCCGGGGCUGGGCCGCGUGCGCUGCGCUGCGCUUCCUCCGGGCCCGUCGUGCGUGGUCCCCCGUGGCUCGCAGCACCCGGUCCGCUGACGCGCGUGACUGACGGCGAAGAGGGCAGAGGCUGCGCUCCGGCUGCCGAGCACCCCGGUCUCCGCGCGAUGAGCCCCGAGCCGGCGCCUCCGGAGCCGCAGGGCGUGCGCCGCAGCCUCGAGGAGCCCUCGGAGGAGCCCCAGGGACAGGGCUCCGCGGCCUUCCUCGCGGGCGACUAUGAGGUGGCGGCCGAGCUCUUCCGCUCGCUGCUGGCCGGCCUGGCCCAGCCGGAGCGCGGCCUAUGCUUGCAGCUGGGAGAAGCUCUGGCCCGCGCAGGCCGCCUGCCCGAGGCCAUCGGCGCGUUCCGUGGCGCCGCGCUGCUCGGCCCGCUGCAGCCCGGGGAGCUAUCGGAGCUGGCGAGCGGCCUGGCGCGCGCCUUGGGCCUGCGCGAAAAAAGGCCGCCUGUGCUGGUGAGGCCCGGCGGCUGCGCGUCCGGGGCCCCGGGGCCCGUGGCGCCGCGCGACCUGCUGGGCUGUCCCCGCUGCGGGCGGCUGCUCUACAAGCCGGUGACGCUGUCCAGCGGGCUCACAGUGUGCAAGCGUUGCGUGGAGCAGGUGCCGGCGCGGGCGCAGGCCCGGCGCGUGAACGUGGUGCUGAGCGGGCUGCUGGAGAGGUGCUUCCCCGCCGAGUGUCGCCUGCGCAGGCUGGCUUGCCAGGCGCGGGGGCUGCAGCGCCAGCAGCAGCCCGAGGCCGCGCUGCUCAGGUGCCAGCAGGCCCUGGACAUGGCCCCAGAUGACAACUCAUUAUUGCUGCUGCGAGCUGAGUUAUAUUUAACCAUGAAGAACUAUGAGCAAGCCCUGCAGGAUGCUGAUACAGUUUGUCAGAGGGAACCUCUCCUGACCAAGGGGCACCAUAUCAAAGCCCAGAUUCUUUCUGGAUUGGGAAGAAGUAAAGAAGUGUUAAAGGAAUUUAUUUACUGCCUUGCUUUAAAUCCUGAGUGCAACUCGGCGAGGAAAGAAACACAGAAGGUAAUAUGCGAGGUGUUCUUUUCAGCUUCAGAAAAUGAGGAUCAAACCUCAACAUCUUCCACUGAAACUGGACCAAAGGCCCUUUGUGAUGGCCAGAUGAGUCCCCAGUAUCCUGUGGAAGAAGCAGGCGGUCAAGCUAAUGCAGAAAGUCCUAAGACACCAUCUGAGAAGUUGGAUAUACCUGCAGAUACCAAUUCUUCGGUUUUAUAUUUUAUUCUGGGCCUCCACUGUGAAGAGGAUAAAAAGGCACUGGAAGGCAUCAUCCCAGUGGCACCGAGCAGCACCUUGAAGAGGCAGCUUCCCAGUGAUGCAGAAGAUGACGAGCUUGAUGUGAAUACCCCUGAGAAGAUUCCCAAGAAAGAUGCAGAUUCCUCACCUCAGAAGAAUGCAAACUCUCUAGAAGAAGAGCCAGAGUUCACAAUUGAUGCGACUGACUUUGAGUGUGCACUGUGCAUGAGGCUGCUCUUUGAACCUGUCACUACACCCUGUGGACAUACAUUUUGUCUCAAAUGCCUUGAGCGCUGCCUGGACCAUGCCCCUCACUGUCCACUGUGCAAAGACAAGCUUUCAGAGUUGUUGGCAACCAGAAAUUUUAAUGUAACUGUUCUGACUGAAGAACUGAUAUUCCGAUACUUAUCUGAUGAGUUAUCUGACAGAAAGAGGGUCUAUGAUGAAGAGAUGUCAGAACUGUCCAAUCUGACCAGAGACGUGCCCAUCUUCGUGUGUGCUAUGGCCUUCCCUACGGUUCCCUGCCCUCUCCAUGUGUUCGAGCCCCGCUACCGCCUCAUGAUAAGGAGAUGCAUGGAAACUGGCACCAAGCGAUUUGGCAUGUGUUUAUCUGCGGAGAAUGCAGGGAUUUCAGAGUAUGGCUGCAUGUUGGAGAUAAAGGACGUCAGGACUUUCCCUGACGGAAGUUCUGUCGUGGAUGCAGUUGGGAUUAGCCGCUUCAGAGUCCUAAGCCACCGCCACCGAGACGGUUACAACACAGCGGAUAUUGAGUACCUGGAGGAUGAGAAGGUGGAAGGUGCAGAGUUUGAAGAACUUACCGCCCUCCACGAGUCUGUUUACCAGCAGUCUGUUUCCUGGUUUGCCUCGCUCCAGGAUCACAUGAAGAAACAAAUUCUAAGCCAUUUUGGGUCAAUGCCAGAAAGGGAACCAGAGCCACAGAGCAAUUCUAGUGGCCCUGCCUGGUCCUGGUGGAUUCUGGCUGUGUUGCCCUUGGAACGAAAAGCUCAGCUGGCCAUUCUGGGCAUGGCCUCUUUGAAAGAGCGUCUUCUUGCCAUUCGACGAAUAUUAGUCAUCAUUACACGUAAGCUGAAUAGUCGCCAAGAGAUGGCUAACAACACACAGAGAGAUAAUUGAUUUUCCUCUAGGUUAAGGUUGCCAGAAGCCCCUGUGUUUUUGAGUUCCAGAUACUGACAAAUACUCAUCCUCUUUGGCGUACUUUGUAAAACCUUGUCAAUGUGGUGGUAAGUGGGACAUUUGCCAAAUACUGAUUUUCUCACACAUAAGAACUCUACCUGCUGGACUUGGACACUGUGCAAGAUUCGCCUGAAGAUCAAGUGGAAGGUACAGGUGAGAAGUCCUUGAAAAUCUCUUCAAAGCAGAUGCUUCAAGACUAUGGCUCACUAACAGCAUGGGACACUCACAUGGUUGACAUGUGACUCCAGUGUCAAAGGUGGUUACCUUCUUAGCCAAUGUCUUGACAUGAUAGGUGGAAAAUGUGCGUGCCAGUGGCUAGUGAGUGGGAACAGACCUAUUAGGAUAUAAGCAAGCCAAAACUUGACUUGGGUUCUGUGUGUCAUUGUGAACUUGUUUGCAAAAUUAAUGAACUGAAUCGCUAUCCAGUCCUUACCGGAAAAAUAGUAAUUACCGGGCAGAGCCGUGUUUGUGUUUGUGUCCUGCUGUAACCCUGGGUGUUGUAAAUUGCAUGUUGUAACUAAAUGAAUGUAAAACUACAAGAAGAUGUAUCUUACAUAUAGAAAAGUCUGAGGAUUGUCAGUAUUUUGAAAGUGUAUAUUCACAAACACUCCAGAAGGGUAGUCAGAAAUGAGUUAGAGCUGCGUGUCCAUUGGGAUGUCAAACACAGCCAGACGCAUUCUAAACAAAGCUCUAUCUUCAUUCAACUGGGAAUUUACUAUCAGAUAAUGAUAGGUGUAACUCCCGACCUCCAGUGCAUGUUGGGAAUAUAUAUCACCGGGAAUAACCCAGACAUUCCUGCCACCUGAGCAGCUGGUGCAGACAGCCUGCUGCUUAGUCUGUAAGAUGAGCAUCCAGACUGACAAGACCCUGCUGAGCAAAUCUCAGCGGUACAUUCUGCUUUCUCCAUUCAAGGUGUGUGGGUUUAAUUUAAAUGUAUAUUGUAUGAUACAAAAUGGUGAUGGCUUAUCCACCCAUCAGGCAUUUUAUGAGAAAGCCGUAUGAUAACAGUGAUGUUGAUUUUAUUGCUCUUUUCAGUAACUGAAACUCAGCUUCGCCAUGGGACUUAGAACACCCAUCUCAUUUACCAUGAAUCUUUGAUGUCACCCUUAAAAGGGGCUAAAAGCCCUUUCGAGCAGGCCAUUCCACACGUUAAGAGUUCAACUCUACUUGGCAUUUAUGACAUUGUCUGACCACUUAAAACUAUGACUCUUGGGGCAGAAAUCCUUUACUAGGAUCUGCGCAUGACAAACGAGUUUUGAUUUAUUCUUUCUUUUUCGUGGAAAAAAAGGUAGGAAUUGGUAUUGUUACAGUUUCUGUUUGAAAGUGUCUAUCCAAUGUGACCAUAGUUUCUCCAGGACUCUUCUGGGAGUUCAGUGUCUGUGCUGAGUUAGUGUUGGGAAGGUUUUGUUUCUCCCUGCUGUUGUGUUAGCUCUUAUAACUUACUGAGUUCAGAACUAUUAUGCUGGUCUUCCUGGUUCUGGCCACCUCUUUAUUCCUCUCAUCCUCAAUGUUCUUAUGUGAAAGCCCCCACGACAAUAAUGCAAAAGGGAACAACAGAAGUUUUGGGGAUUCAGUGCCAAAGAGAGUGUGGCAUGAUUGUCACAUGCUCUGUUACACAUUGCACUGUACAAUAGCAGACCAGUACUCACUGGGUGCUUUUAGUGGAGUCUGGUUAUUGGACGAUUUCAGUAGCACAAAAGUUAAAGUGCCACCAUUGCCCCCAACCAAGGUGGGGUCAUUCUCUCUGAACUGUACCUGGGUGUCGGAUUUAUAAAGGACAGUGAACAACAAAUGCCUUUGAGAGAGAUUACUGUUCCAGACAAACAAGAGGCUCAUUGCUUAGGGUUUGUCAGAGGCAGUCAAGUCAGGCUGGGUGUGGAGGAGAUUCUCAAGUUCUGUUGUACGGGCUUCAGUCUUAACAGUGACGGAUUGUAAUAGCAUCAGGCAGCAGCAGAGACCUGCACUACCCACCAAGCCCUUUUCUUGAUGGGGAUCAUACUAGAUGUGUGAAACCCUGUUUCCAGAAUUACAGACAAUUCCAAAGCCCUUGUGCUAGCUGAGUGGCUGUGUAAAGAGCCUCCCAAUUCAUUGUCAUCCCUAUAACAAACUGGAGCAAGCUCUUUGGCCUGAGCCAACUAAGAAUUUAGAGUUCCUCUCUCCAUGCCUCCCAAUGGGUUGUAGCAACUCCUUCUGAACAAGAGGUAUGCACUCCAGGAAGAAAGAAACUCUUAAGUCAGCAGACCAGGUUAGCAGACCCCUGCUGGGCUUAAGUGGUAACAUCUCCACCCUUCCCAACAGUGAUUAUGAGUAACAAGAUUUAGAACAUUUUGGUAGUUUGUACAGAGAUUAAAAGGAGACAAAGAAUUUCCAAAGAUGCUGUGUUUGACUGAAAUGCAGUAGACAGGGUUUCCACAGACUGUAGAGCAUACGAGGAAAGCCCAUUCCCUAAACCUGAUGCAGAAGAGGCCUGUACCAGUUUGAUAGUAACCUCUGUGGCUGCUCCUGCUUCUAAUGAGGACAUCCCUUAACUACCUAUCAAGGCCAAGUGCACAGUGCACAGUGGUCCUCUGCUCUCUACUCACUGCCUAAAAUCUUCUGUUUCCUGAUGGUUAUGCCCAGUGUGAUUUGGAAAUAGAAUAGUUGGGGGUGAUUACCAGGUCAGCUUCAUCUGGCCCAAAGCUGCUCAACCCUGCUGUCAAGGCCAAGGUUCACAGUGAGUUCCUACAAGAGCAGGAUGUUAAAGGACUUGAACCUGCCAUAUCCCAUGAAAUCCAAAAGGAUGCUUAUCUUUUAUAGGCCAGAGAAAACUCGAAUAGUUUUUCAUUCUCUCGGGUGAGACAGUAAUUCCUUCAGCCAUCACACUGCCCCUCAUUGGGGGUUGUUUUGUUUCUUUUUUUUUUUUUUCCAUCAGAACUUAUUGGCGUUCUGUAAAUCACUCAGUGGUAAACUGAGUCAUUCUCAGACCCCCUCUUCAGGGGCAGAGCAUAGCAACAGAGCAGCUGCACACUGGAGUCACAGAGCAGCCAGGCCCCAUUGCAGAGCCUGAGAAAACAAGACACAGCUGGAGUAGACCUGUGCCUUGGUCCAGGUCUGCUGGUGGCUUUUCCAAGUACCGGCAAAGGGUGAUGAUUUUCUCUCUGUGUGGAUGCUUAAAUGAGAAAUGCAUCCCCCACUCCAGAUUCUAGUAUUUGAACACUUGACCUGCACUUUGUGCCAGUAUUUGACUGAUAUUACAGAGCCUUUAGGAGGUGCAGCCUUAACUAGUGAUUGAUGUGGGAGUCCCAGCCCAUUGUGGUGGGGCCCUUCCUGGGCUGAUGGUCCUUCGUUCUAUAAGAAAGCAGCCAGUUAGCAGCACCCUUCCCUAGCAUGUAUAACAGCUCCUGCUUUCAGCUUCCGACUCUGCUUGAGUUCCUUUGAUGAUAAACAGUGUAAGCCAAAUAACCCUUUCCUCCCCACCUCGCUUUUGGUCGUGGUGUUUGAUCAAGGCAGUAUGAAACUGAGACUCAGCCUCGUAUAUUUUCCUCCUGUUUACUCAAGAACUAAAACUUGUGCUUGAAAAUCUCAUAGAGCCCCAUUAAUGUUGAUCAUUUUUUCAUGUGGGCUGCAUGUAGGGAGAAAACAUUCUGGUGCAAAGAAAAGAGGAUGAUGGCCAGUUGGCAUAAAGGGGGAAGGUGUCUGCGUGCGCCUGCAACAAAGGCAGACACCCAUGCAGAGGCAGAGACUCCCUCAGUCUGUGCACUUUCACCUGUGGCUUACUUAUCACCUUUGGUUUAAAUAAGAACAGGAAAGCUGGGCAGUGGCACUCAUCUUUAAUCCCAGCACUUGAGAGGCAGAGGCAGUCAGGUCACCAUGAGUUUGAGGUCAGUAUAGUCUACAGAGUGAGUACUGGGACAGCCAGGGCUGUUACACAGAGAGAGCCUGUCUCAAAAACAAAACAAAACAAACAUCAACAAAAACCAGAAAAGUCAGUCUGGCUUGUGACUGAUGCUGCCAUUGUAGCUGAGAAAAUGUAGGCUUGAGUCCUCUGAAGGAACUACUGCCAAGCUCAGCCUUCUGUUUCUAACUUGGCUACUGAUUCAGGACCAAGGCCAUUUACAAGUAAAGCACUCGAUAGAUACCCUUUCAGUCUCUGCAAGAAAUAGCCUUGAUUCAUUUCUACUUCAGAAUGCUUCACCUGUGCUUGCGUGAGUCUGUGGUCCUUCUUUGUCUACAAGCUGUGUAAUGGAUUAGCCAGUUCAGGGGACAAGUUUAAAGGGCAUUUGGUGAUUUCUCCAGUCCUUGUAGACCUCCCCUUGUAGAGGUUUUGAUGAAAUGAUAAUCUUGGAAUCUUUUUCGUUUCUGUCAUCCACACUCAGGUGUGGUCAGGUUACAGAGUGUCAGAAUGUGAAGCUUACAGCUUGGUAUCUUGAGUCUUUGCUUUUGUCUGCUUCUGCUGGGGUCUCCAUUGUGGACAACACUGUUUUAGCAAUAGAGCUUCCACCCUGUAAAGCUUUUUCCUGGACCAGCUCUCCUUCUAUACGGCUUAUACCAGGACACACUAGUGUCCACUGAGCUUUGGGAAAAGUGGCUAAUAGGUAGGUUGCAAAGCUGCAUAUUCCUGCCUCAUUCACUUAGGAUACUUACUACCUGAUGUUAGCAACUGAUUUAGUACCUGUGAAAUGAUUGUUACCAGUUGAGCAUAUUGUUACAAGUUGUGAAUAUUUUUCUUUAUUUAGAGCAGGUUUGAACAAGUUAAGUCUCUAUCAAUUAAGAUUAUGUUUCUUGCCUCUUUAGAGGUCAGUAGUGGUAUGGAAUAUUCACCCAGCUUCGCUUUCCUUUCCUACUUAAGAUGUCUGCAAAGAUGCAAGUAGCAACAUUUGGCAUUGUUGUUUCUUACAAGACUGGUUUUUAAGUGUUGCAAAUGUUUACUUCAUUGUAUUCUUUCCCUGUCCAUUUCUGCUCAUUGAACUUGUGUAUCUAAUAUGUGAUAUUUGGACUAGAUAAAACGUACAGUGUUGUAAAUGUUUUCAAAUAAAUAAUCGCUCCCAGAUAACAAGG